UUUUCUUUAGUCUCCUGAUAUUUCAUUUAUUUUUAAUCUUUUGAACUUAUAUUUUCACUUACAUUUAUUUUGUAUAAUGUUAUUUUACUUAUCUGUGUGGUUAAUCGUGUCAUCUUAUACUUUUGAGUAAUAAUCUUAUCUUUAAGUGUGUGGAAGUAAGAGCACAUGGUGAUAAAUGUACAACGUGUGUAUUUUAGAAUGAAAAGGGCAUUUCCAUCUAAAGAGGCUGCUUAUUUGUUUCAUGUGUCAGGUAUGUUUGUUGUAUUUUUAUUUUUUUUGUUUCCCCUUUUGUAAUGUUAUCUUGUGGAAGAGAAUGAAAAGGGCAUUUCCAUCUAAAGAGGCUGCUUAUUUGUUUCAUGUGUCAGAAAUAAAAAUGCUCCUGGAGAAGAAUCAAAGCCUGCUGUCCUGUAUCUGAUUCAGUAAAGUCACAACGCAGAGUCCAGUUAUUCCACCGGUGUCGCCGGCUGCAUGUAAAGUUUGGCGUCGCGAGUCACCGGUUACACAUGCGGCUUCAACAGUCUGAGAACAGUUUCCACAUUCACACAAUCUCACAGGAAGCAGAGAUGUUUUGUAAGAUUUAACUGUCAGCAGGUUCCAUAACCUGUGCAUCAUUUCCUGUCAUUGUCCUUCACUUAUUCUUCAAAAUGUUAGAAGGAUCGAAGGACAUAGAAGGACAAAUGAGAGACACGCUCUACGGCCAAAGACAGACACAGCAGCUCUUUACAGCAGUAUGUGGUUCUUUCUCAAACUGUUAGAACAAACUGGAAUGUGCAUAAUUGUCUUUGGAUUACAAUUUCCUUUCACUUGGAGAUCCAAACCUGUUUUAGCAUUACAAUGAACCAUGAUUUGCAUUAGGUAGGGUCAGGGUUGGUGAUAGGGUUAUGGUUAGAGGUAGGGUCAGGGUUGGUAAUAGGGUUAUGGUUAGAGGUAGUAUCAGGGUUGGUAAUAGGGUUAUGGUUAGAGGUAGGGUCAGGGUUGGUGAUAGGGUUAUGGUUAGAGGUAGGGUCAGGGUUGGUAAUAGGGUUAUGGUUAGAGGUAGGGUCAGGGUUGGUGAUAAGGUUAUAGUUAGAGGUAGUAUCAGGGUUGGUGAUAAGGUUAUAGUUAGAGGUAGUAUCAGGGUUGGUAAUAGGGUUAUGGUUAGAGGUAGGGUCAGGGUUGGUAAUAGGGUUAUGGUUAGAGGUAGGGUCAGGGUUGGUGAUAGGGUUAUAGUUAGAGGUAGGGUCAGGGUUGGUAAUAGGGUUAUGGUUAGAGGUAGGGUCAGGGUUGGUGAUAGGGUUAUGGUUAGAGGUAGGGUCAGGGUUGGUGAUAGGGUUAUAGUUAGAGGUAGGGUCAGGGUUGGUAAUAGGGUUAUGGUUAGAGGUAGGGUCAGGGUUGGUGAUAGGGUUAUAGUUAGAGGUAGGGUCAGGGUUGGUAAUAGGGUUAUAGUUAGAGGUAGGGUCAGGGUUGGUAAUAGGGUUAUGGUUAGAGGUAGGGUCAGGGUUGGUGGUAGGGUUAUGGUUAGAGGUAGGGUCAGGGUUGGUGAUAGGGUUAUAGUUAGAGGUAGGGUCAGGGUUGGUAAUAGGGUUAUAGUUAGAGGUAGGGUCAGGGUUGGUAAUAGGGUUAUGGUUAGAGGUAGGGUCAGGGUUGGUAAUAGGGUUAUAGUUAGAGGUAGGGUUCACUCAGCCAGCACUAAGUCUGUAGGGAAUUCACAUAAUUAUCGUACAAAUAAUAAUAAUAAAAAUAAUAUUAUUGCAUCUGCAUGCAAGAGGCCAAAAAAUAAAGAUGUAAAUCUAAAAUUGUAUAGUUUCAGUAAUAUCCUGUAUAUUAUUAUACAAUAGUAUACACGUAUAUCCUGUACAUACUGGACAUAGGAUGCUGUAUAUCAGGAAUUAGUUAUGGAAAGCUGAGAAAGCUAAAGAUGUAAGCACAGUUUCUGACCAGUAGAGGGUCAUAGAGCCCAACAUUUCCUCCAUGCUCGAACAGAACCACUAGAUGGAUCAGGGUGUGUUUACAUCCUUAUUCUGUGUAAACCAUAAUGUAAAACAUAACAUACCAGAACAAGCAGCAUCAAAAAAGCCGGAAUAUUUCACCUCUGAAAUUAGAUUUUUUUUUUUUUUACUUUUUUGCCAUAUAUAUAUAUAUAUUUGAAAUCAUAUUUGAAGUACAAUUAAAAAUGUAUUAUAUUUGAUUAAUAAUUAAUUAUUUGCAUGAAUUAACAUUCAUUUAUAUAUGUAUUUAUUACUUGUAUUAGCAUGAUCAUUAUUGUUAUUAUAUUUGUAUGCUAAAGUUUUGAUUGAUCUUGAUUUGUCAAAUUCUGCUUUUCAUGCUUUUUGUUUUGUUAAAAUUCAUGUUCACUUUAUUCAUGUUCAGUAGGGUUGGUGCUCUAUAGCAGGAGAUCUUCUGCACACAUCCAACCCAUGUAAAGUAUACCUGCAUGAAGCUGGUUCUGUGCACAGGGGCACCAUCAUGCUGGAAUGGGUUUGGAACUCCUAGAUCCUAGAAGAGAGAGAGAGAGAGAGAGAGAGAGAGAGAGAGAGAGAGAGCAAAACAAACACAUACACAUUCAGGUUUGUUCAUAGUGUUCUUCUUCGCCUGCACAAGCAUGUACAAACCUUUUUUUUUUCCCAAAAGCAGUAUUUUUAAAUCGCCGUAGUGAUGGUACAAUUAGCGUGAAGCCUUUGGUAUCGUUUCUAGCAGGCCAAUAAUCCAAAUAAAAUGCAGACUUUGUAGAUUAACA